AAAAAAAAAAAAAAAAAGUAAAAUUCGUUGUUUGAUACCAUGGUCAGGAUUUAAAGAUAUAUAAGUGAGGCCUUACAGGACCCAGCACACAUCUCUACCCAGAGUGAACAAGCACACCACAAUGAAGAUUACCGUCCUCGCCUUGAUCCUGAUGGCGGCCAUUAUGGCACUCCUUGCUCCCGCUAACGCUGAACCCGGAGGUUUCAAGGGUGGCUUUGGAGGAGGCCGUGGCUUCGGAGGUCACAGAGGCUUCGGAGGUCAUAGAGGCUUCGGAGGUCAAAAAGGCUUCGGAGGUCAUAGAGGCUUCGGUGGAGGCUUCGGAGGCGGCUUCGGAGGAUUUAAGAAGGGGUAAUUUACUCCUCCUUUUCUCCUCUCGACCUCCUUGCCUCUCCUCCUCCGCGACAGUCUCUUCCCUACUCUCCACUCAACGUUUCCUUACCGGGGAAGAUUUUCCUUUGUUUUCUCAGGAUAUUCUUCCAGGGCUGGUCGUUGGUGCUCCUCUCGGUACUGUACGUGUGGCAUAAUUAGAGCUUAACAUUUGGCCUUCUCUCCAAAACUGUAACUCACCAGGAUAUCAGAAUAAACAAAAAUGUAUGAAUUCCCUACAUAUAUUUUUCUCGAAUAAAUGGUGACAAUUUC